UGCUCAGGGGAUUGAAGGACCCAUAAAUCCCUGCCUGUCUCAGAGGUCAGCCCCAGUGUAAAGCCUCGGAGCUCCGACCUGCACCGGCCAGCUGACGCCACGCCGCCGCCACACCUUUGGACAGGCAGACACACACCCCUGCCCAGCUUGGAUUCCUCAGGCCCUGGGAAGCUCACCACCGCCACCGCAGCUAGCUCAGCCAGUACACAGGACCUGCAGGCUCCACCCACACCAGCAUGUGCUCGCUGCCGGUGCCCCGGGAGCCCCUGCACCGAGUGGCCGUGACCGGAGGCACCCACGGCAAUGAGAUGUCUGGUGUCUGCCUGGCCCAACACUGGCUUCGGAUGCCCCGGGAGCUGCAGAGGCCCAGCUUCUCUGCCACGCCCGUGCUGGCCAACCCAGAGGCCACUGCCGCCUGCCGCCGAUACGUGAGCAGAGACCUCAACCGAGCCUUCACCAGCUCGUUCCUGUCACACAGCACCAGGGCCACACCAGAGGACCCCUACGAGGUGAAGAGGGCCCGGGAGCUGAACCAGUUGCUGGGGCCCAAAGCCUCCGGCCGGGCCUUCGACUUCAUCCUGGAUCUGCACAACACCACGGCCAACAUGGGGACCUGCCUCAUCGCAGACAGCGUCCACAACGUGUUCACCAUGCACCUGUGCCGGCACCUGCAGCUGCAGACCCCCGAUAUGCCCUGCCGGGUCUUCCUGUACCAGGCUCCGGGAGAGGAGACCUACAGCAUUAAUUCGGUGGCCAAGAACGGAAUGGCUCUGGAACUGGGCCCCCAGCCCCAGGGCGUGCUGCGGGCUGACCUCCUCUCCAGGAUGAGGUCUCUGGUGGGGGCAGUGCUGGACUUCAUCGAGCUCUUCAACCAAGGCACAGCCUUCCCAGCCUUUGAGAUGGAAGCCUACCGAACCGUGAGCCACGUGGAUUUCCCACGCACGGAGGAAGGGGACCUGGCAGGCACAGUGCACCCUCAACUGCAGGACCGGGACUUUGAGCCGCUGCAGCCCGGGGCACCCAUUUUCCAGAUGUUCAGCGGCAAAGACGUGCACUAUGAGGGGGAGGCCACCGUGUACCCCGUCUUCAUCAAUGAGGCCGCCUAUUAUGAGAAGGGCAUCGCCUUCAUGCAAACAGAGAAGCUCUCCUUUUCCGUGCCUGCCUUGCCCGCACUGACCCCCGCCCCCACCCCAGGACCCUAACCCGCCACAGCUGGGGGCCCUAGGCGCUUCCCACUGAAAGAAGGGGCCGGAGACAAAGUCCCAAGUCCACUGCACCCUUAGCCACCUGCUUUGCAACAUAUCCCUUGCCACCCCACCCUGGGCCUCAGUUUCCCAUUCUAUAAAGCCGUGAAUGCUCAA